UUGCUGGGGCCCAGCAUGGCAGCGCUGAGUCCGGCCUUGGGUAAAAGGCAAGAAGCCAGAGCGAGGUUACGUAACCUGUUACCUACGGAACGAACGCUUAGCAGGAAUGGAAGCGGGAGGCGUGCUUACACCGAGCUGUGACAGUGUUGCGUUGCCAAAAGAGAAACACCAUAAAAACACGUAAUUAAGUGUUAAGAGACGGCAGGGGAUUCAAAAUCAGCGGAUGGGAGGAGUCAGUGGGGAAAGAAAAAGAUUUAUGGCACACGACAUGGUGGAUCUGUGCUGGAAGCUGUCUGUCUGCUUUUUCUGCUAUCAAGUUGUCUCAGGAAGAGUUAAGCAGGAGGCACGUUACGUGGCUGCUGUGUACGAACAUGAGUCCAUCCUGAGUCCUAACCCAACAGCCCUCACUGAUCGACGGUCUGCGCUGGAACUCAUGGGCAGAAACCUGGACAUCUAUGACCAGCAAGUGGCGGCUGCUGCAAGACAGGGAGCACAGAUCAUUGUUUUUCCUGAAGAUGGAAUCCACGGCUUCAACUUCACAAGAAGAUCAAUUUAUCCUUACUUAGACUUUAUUCCGCAUUCCGACUCUGUGAAGUGGAAUCCAUGCAGAGAGAAGUAUUUGUUCAGUGACACAGAGGUUCUUCAACGUCUGAGCUGCAUGGCACUUAAGAACAAAAUAUUCCUGGUGGCAAACUUAGGAACUAAGCAACCCUGUGAGCACACAGAUCCUCACUGUCCACGUGAUGGAAGAUACCAGUUCAAUACCAACGUGGUGUUCAACGAUGCUGGUACACUGGUAGCCACGUACCGUAAACACAACCUGUAUUUUGAAUAUGCUUUUGAUACCCCUCCAGAGCCUGACUACCAGCUCUUUGAUACCCCUUUUGCUGGCAAGUUUGGUAUGUUUACUUGCUUUGACAUACUCUUCUUUGAGCCAGCAGUGAAUCUAAUCAGACAAUACAAUGUAAAACAGAUCGUCUAUCCGACUGCCUGGAUGAACCAGCUCCCACUCCUGUCUGCUGUAGAAUUUCAACAAGCUUUUGCAACAGCUUUCAGUGUCAAUAUUUUAGCAGCUAAUAUCCACCACCCUACCCUGGGCAUGACAGGGAGUGGCAUAUACACUCCUGUCAAAUCAUUUAUCUACCACAACAUGGACAGUUACGGUGGCAAGCUCAUAGUAGCAGAAAUUCCCGUCAUUAGCACAGAUUACAAAACCGAUUUGGAGCAUAAUGAAAGAUUCAGAGAGAAUGUGCAUCAUUCAUGCACUACUUCUACAAGUACCUCAGGGGAUGACCAAGUUUGCUUUAUGGAAGGACAGGAGGCCCAUGGCGAAGUAUCAGAAAAAGGAAACGAACAGUCGCCUCCCCUGUUCUAUGCAGAAAUGAUGUAUGACAAUUUUACUUUUGUUCCUGUAUGGGCGGAAAAAGGAGAACUUCAGGUUUGUGCCAAUACUCUUUGUUGCUACUUAAAUUAUAAGAGAGAUGUUUUAACUGAUGAAUUAUACGCUUUGGGAGUUUUUGACGGGCUCCACACAGUGAAUGGCAUUUACUACGUCCAGGCCUGUGCAUUAGUGAAGUGUGGAGGUCUCAGCUUUAGCACUUGUGGGCAGGAGGUUACACAUGCCACUGCUCUGAUAGAUUUCCAGCUAUGGGGAAAUAUGAGUACUCCUUAUAUCUUUCCUUUGCUGCUGACGUCUGGUAUUACCUUGGACUUUGCUGAUCACAUGGGCUGGAAAAACAACCACUAUUUCCUAAGCAAAAAUAGAACUACUAAUGGCCUACUGACAGCUGCUCUGUAUGGACGAUGGUAUGAAAAGGACUAGCACAGAUAUUUAACUGCACCAGAUUUUCAGAGUCUAUAUCUUACCAGGAACUGUUGAACAGCUGUACUUCAGAAUCUUCAGGUAUGUUUGUUACAUGACUGUCUAAUGGAUUCUACAUUUGAAAUGAUGACCAAAGAGACGACAAACCAAGCGUGUACCUUGGGAGCUUACAUCUUUCCACAAGUAAGUGAAUUGCCUCGCAAGUCUAAAGGCUUGUUACAGUGUGUUUGAGAUACCUUAUAUUAGGAAAAUAAUCUCAUUUCAACUGAAUUUGCCUCUUUUAAUUUAGUUCUUUGGUUCUCUGGGGUUCUGGUGGGAGUGGAAAUGAAAGAAGUAGAAAACCAUUAAAAAGGGAAAAAAAAGUAGGAAAGGGAAUGGCAUUGAUUACACAAAUAUAUGCAAGAAAAUAGAUGCAUAUACCUUGAAUAGCAUCAGGUUCUGGUUUCUGGUUGGAGUGUUAAGGUUUUUUCCUUACUCUCACUCCCUUCCCCCGGCUCCCAUCUGAAAUCUUUACAAUUUACUGGCCACUUGCUUGGCUGUUAGCAACCUCAGUGAGUUAUUUCUUACUUUUAAUAGUAACUAAGCAAGCGUUACCACUGUGAACAUCUGUGGAACAACAGUCUGGGAAGGAGUGUAUCAACUGCUACACUGAAACACUAGCCUUCAUGAAGGCAUAAUUUCCAUGCUCCUGUGCAAGAUGUUUAAAUAAAGCUCAACAACGAAUCAGCAACUAUGUUAGGUACUACUUUAGUACUCUGACUUUCCCAUUUUUAAAGAGAAAUCAUUGCAUGCCUGUUUUGACUUUGAGACCAUUCAAACAUUGUAAAUUCAUUCAAUAAGAGCUGUGAAAAGCAGAUAAUGAAUUGUGGGACAGUAGGUUUUCUACAUAAACUGUGUGCCAGGUGGCAGUUCCUGCUGCUGAAACACAGCAUUCUUUCCACAGCCAUAGCUAGACUGGAUGCUAUAAAUAGUGUCAUGCAAUGACAAACUAUUACUGCAGUGGAGAUGCUUGCAAAAGGAUGUUUAAAGGAUAUUAUUUUGGCCUUAAAAUUAAAGAAAAUAAUUUCUUCUGAACCAUUACAAUUUUGGGGCUCUCAUUGGCCGUUAUAACUUCAUCCGUGUAAGAGCUGCUAAGUAACUGACUAAUAAACACAAUUGCUCCUUUGGGGCAUCCUUGUCUUCCAGGUGCUAAAUCUGUUGUCCUAGUUGCUGGGAGGAGCUGUGAACAGGAGAUGUGUAGUUCUCAGUUUGGCUGAGGCAGUUCCAAAAUGUGUUCAAACUCAAAGAACUGCAGCAAGAAGUGUAUUAUACUGCUCAAUAAUCUGCUUUGGACAAAUUCACUUUCAGGUUUCAUAAAGGAAAAUAGUCAUACCAUUUUCUAAAAAAGGAAGAAGCCCUUAGGAAAGCUGAAGGUCACACAGGCAGAAGAAACAUACCCAUAUGACUAUCAUUUCCCUUCAAUGGAUAUAAAGAGUUUUAGUGAAGCUUCCUAAAUGUUUUCUCUCUGGGAGGGAAAUCAAAGCAGAAAGAGUGGACUUUCUGCCAUACAAAAAACAGAUCUUAAAUCAAGAACAGCUUUAAAUCAACAGAUUAUUUUUAAUGUGCUCAGGAUGUGGAAGAUGUUUGUACUGCGACAAAAGAAACAAUGUGAGAAGGAGUAGGGAAUGCUGUCUGUGAGGCGUCUUGAUACUGCUGAGGGAGAUCAGCAAAUCAGAAAAGCUCUGGCCAGCUAGGAGUAACAGCACACAAGCCAGAAGUAUUAGGGGCUUCUGCAUAAGGGAUCUGGUGCUGAGUUAUCCAGGUAGUUGUGAGGAUACUCUGAAUAUGCUGAAAGCAUCUGCCAGAAAAUACAGCAAAGAAAGCGUCACGAACAGGACUUUGGAGUUCAGUUCCUGAGAGGCAUGUGAACAGGCUCAGAAUGUCAGAAACUGGUAAUGGAAUGGGACAUGCAGUUCAGAACAAAGAUUUUCAGAACACACAGAGUUGGUGCAAGCUUGUACAAGUAGACCUUUACAGGGAGAUGACUAGAUUAAAGUGACUGAGCAGCAAGAGGCUGCUGCAACCACCACAGAACAGAGGUGCAAAGCCUCGUGUGGCUUGACCCAGCCUUGCCCAGGCUGGGGCCUUGUAGUAUUUAGUUAAUACCCUGGCAUCACAGAAAGCUCAAAAGGAGCUUGAAUAAUGGACGUUUGGCAGGGAAGAGGAGAUAAAUAAGAGGGAAUGAAACAUUACAUUUUGCUUUAAAACUGUUACAGUGUCUGAGGCUGAGACAUCAGUGUCAGUCCUUCCGAGCUGCGAUGCAGUGAGAAGAAAAACCUGUACAUUUGUCACUGAAAAGGCUUGGAAGCAAGGGCUUCUUUUGUUCUGUUGUGAAUUGGAAGAGCUAAAUUUCUGAUUACUGCUACUGCAAUUUUAACUUACAAGAGAAUGUAAGGUGUUUUUAAAUGUUUAAUGAUAUUAAUGACUUUAAGACAGCUUGAAAGAUUCCUCAGGUUCCAUAUUAUUCAACCAUGUUCACAGUUACAUGGUGAAAUACUGCAAUACUCAGCUUGAAAAUUGUUAAAAUGCAGUACAGGAAGACAGGGAAUUCAGUUUCCCAUGGUAUACAGUGAGUAUGGAAGCACUGAUAAUUUAGAUACUGCUUUGUUUGAAGUAAAGCAUCAAUGCUACAAAAUCGGGAUGCCAGGUUGGAAAGAGUUCCAUCAAGUGAGAGAUGAGUCAAAACAGGAAAAACAAAAUCACGCUGCAGUUUGGGGAUGUUAGUCAAGGCUAACUUUGCUCCCUAAGGAAAAAUAGCAAGGCAUUUUGCUGAGCUUCAGAUGACUGAAACAGCUGAAAGAAAUACUCUUCCCAACGGCUGAAAUCUCAGUUUUUCUUUCAGUAGGUAGGUAAGGAUGUGUGGAACAGAGUAAGGGCCCACCUGUAGGACUGUACAUGACAGCAGGUACUGUUUUCUUAAGAACAAGCAGUUGUUUUGACACUUUAAAUGGAUACAUCUGAUUCCUUCCUUAACAAUCUUCAAAACAUAUGGAUAUUAUAGUGAGAAGGACUACAUGAAAAUAAAGCCAAAGCUUCAUCUUAACAAGGGAAAUGAACAGAUCUGUAUUACGUCUAUAUUUAGAAUCUCUGGUUUAAGUCUGUAAAGACCAAGGUUUUGUAAAUUCUUACCUUGUCCAAUUCAUGCAGUUGUCACAGCUACUGACUUAUAAAGCGUUUUAUUCCUAAACUGGAAGAAUUUUUCUUCAACCAUCCAUCAACUUCUGCAGCAUAUUAAAGGGAAAGGAAGUUGUCACCAGUCAUUAGAGAUUACUGCAAGCAGCCAUAAUUACCAGUUAGCUCAGAUUUAAGAAUUUAUAUGAAUUCACUGGAUAAACUUCAAGAAUUUCAAUACUUGCUGUUUGUCAACUGAUCUUAAAAUGUACUUAAUGGAGUUUAAAUACAGAUCUAUGGAAAUGGUGUUCAAA